GUUUGUCGACCACGAGUGGACAAAGCACGGAUCCUGCGCUGGAGCGGACACGGCCCAGAGCUUCUUCCAGGAAGUCUGCAACAUGGCUCAGGAGCCGCUGCAAGUGAUGCAGAAGCAGCUGCAAAAGAGCAAGAAUCUAAAUGAUGUUGUCGAUUCGCUGAAGCGGUCAAACUUUUCCGUUUAUGAGACAGACCACGAGAACGCGCAGGUCCUCUUGUCUGCCUGUGCUGGAGUAGAU